AUGUUUAGAAGAGCGUCAAAUGAAGCCCUCUUGAACAAAAUCACAUCAUAUUGCGCGUAUAUUGAAUAUGAUGAUAAAUGGAUUUCUGUAGUAGUGUUAACGAAAAAAUAUGCUGCUACAACAUUACAUUGUCUUCCACAAGCUGAACUUGGAUCAUCUGUGAUACUAUGUGAUUCCUCUAUGAAUCAACUACAUACUGUUAUUCAUGGCAUAAAUAGGAUAUGUGAUUACGUUGUGCUAAAGAACGUGGAUGAUGAGUUCCUUGAAGCUCCAUAUUUGGUAUGCCCAGAAUCACUCGAUAAAUAUGUAGUUGCUGGCUAUGCCUUUGGAGAGAAAAAACUGUCCUACCGUCUGGGGCAGGUGUCUUCGUUGUGUGCUACGGGUGAAGGCUACUUUUACGGUGAUUCCGGUGGUUUGCCUUUAUUCAGCGGAGGAGGCGUCUUCUACGCUCGUAAUGGCGCAUUGAUGGGAAUAGCAAGAGGUAAUCAGCAUCACGGCAGAGAAACAGAGAAAUACGGAGAUGUACUCGAGAUGAUUUCAGUACAGUCGAUGAUGGUCUUCAUAAAAUGUUUCGGCGACAACCCCUUCUCUGUGGGAACAUAUGGUUGA